AUGGGGGCUCUCCUCGGGGCCCAGAGCCCGGCGCCCUCCACGCUCCUCGCAGCCUUCGUCCUGAGUGUUUGCUUCUUGUCGACCGAAGCCUACAUGCAGCUGACGAAUAUCGUGGUGAAUCCACCGAAACCGGUGAAUGAAGGAAGUGCGCUUCACCCCGAGCAUGCUCCGCCAAUCCCAGUGAGCUGCCGCUGGUACCGACGGGAAAUGAGUGACAAAGACACCAUCCUGGCCUAUUUCUUCGAACCAAAACCUACGACUCGGAAGGGGCCGAACUACACCGGGCGAGAGACCAUGAGGCCCGACUGCUCCCUUGAGAUCACAAACUUAAAUUUCACGGACUCUACCAACUUUAUCGUCCUGAUAUAUGGCCGUGGGGGAAUGAUGGCGGGGAGCGUGAAGAUAGAUAUCCCAGGCCGUGGACUCUCCAGGUCGAACAUCAUUGCCAUUGUCAUUGGGUGCAUAGGUGCCGUCGGGGUCCUGUGCGUGAUUCUUUUCCUCAUUUACCGUAAGUAA